AUGGAUAAAGUGGAAGUGAAAAUCAUUUCAACUCUUGUUAUAUUCCUCGUGACUCUUUUAGGAGGAGUUGUGCCGUUCUUCUUCCUGAGGAACUACCUAGCGAACAACAAGGGAAGAGCAGACGACAAGGUCAAACUUCUCAAGAGUUUUGCCGCCGGUAUUUUCCUGGGCACAUGUCUUCUGCAUCUUCUGCCUGAAGCCCGCAGUGCCUUGACGGCGGUCCUGGGACACACAGACUACCCCGUGACCGAGCUGACAGUCGGACUGGGGUUUCUGCUGCUGUUUGUAAUAGAAAAUGUCGCGAUAGCCUGCCAGGAAACCAAGGACCCGCAAGAAACUCCCGUGAAGUUUAUAAAAGCCAAGGGCACCGCCGUCCACAGCUCUUGCUCUUCGGUAGAAGAUGGUCCAGAUUCGUCGACUUACGUACACUACGGAUCCGUCAGUGAUUCUUUGACGAGUGAAUCGGAUCUGGCCACCAAUGAUGGAGGGUCGAUCGUUGCGACUCUGCCCAUAGAAAAUGGACUGUGUAAACGAAAAGAGAUCAAACCGUUGCUGGAUAAUAAUCAGAUCAUCUUUGGUGAAGCUACGCCAGGCUCGGAUAAAUCGGCAUUGGUGUAUGGACAGAAGCAACAUCACGACGGUCACCAUCAUGACCAUCAUCGUGAUCAUCACAGCCAUCAUCAUCACAGCCAUCAUCACCACCUUGUAAAAAUAACCGGUCUGCGGUCCAUUAUGUUACUGCUAGCCCUGUCGCUGCACACGAUCUUCGAUGGACUGGUAAUAGGUCUCCAAGCAACCACGGUGCUGGUGUGGACUCUCUUGGCAGCGAUGAGCGUUCACAAGACUCUCGUUGCUUUCAGUUUAGGACUCUCGUUUCUGGAGUCGCAUUAUGGCAAAGUCAAAGAAGCCAUGCUCUAUCUGUUCGUAUUUUCGUUGGUUGCACCAGUGGGUGUUGGUAUCGGGACGAUUGUUACGGAAGCUCAAUUCAACCAAGAGGCCAAAUCGUACUCUGCUGGGAUACUACAAGCGGUGGCUACAGGAACGUUCAUGUAUGUGACUUUUCUGGAAGGACUGAGGGAGACUUUCACGGGCAAAUAUCAUCUUGUUAAUGUGUUUAUGGUCAUCGUUGGGUUUGCGUGCACCUGUGCCUUACGAUUAGCUGCAGACGGCGACUGA